AUGCCGAGCCAUCUAGUUGCCAGUUGCCUUCUGUUGGCUUUGGGCCUGAACAUGAGCCUGGCGGCCAUUCACAAGCGCAGUGGGGCCAAUGCCAAUUCGCUGGGAGUGGAUGUAAAUCCUGCCAGCAAGCCGGUGGCAAAUCCUGCGGCCAGUGUGGAGAACACGGACCUGCUGGAUAAACUGAGCUGGAAGUGCGCCAACAACGCGAGUUGCCUGUACGGCGUGGCCAACGGCAUUAUGGCCUCCUAUCGGCGCGGCGAGACCCUCAAACUGGGCCUCUUCGACCUGGUCAAGUUGCCCGAACUGGAUGCCUCGCACAAGCGCAAGUGGGGCACUGGCCGCGGAAUCUCCAGCUUCAUGGACUUCGUCACGGGGAACGCCAUCAGGGUGCCCGUGGGGCCCAUGGUGUUCAGUGUCCAACGGGCCGAGGACGACAGCGAGUACAUCGAGGUGGCCCUGCUGAAGAAGGCCUCCAGCGGAACAGGCCGCCUGCAGGGCAACGGAGGUGGAGGAGGACUUCUGGGCGGAGGAGGUGGCUUGGGAGGAAACGGUGGCGGGGGAGGCGGAUUGAUGGGCGGCGGAGGCGGCGACAACGGAGGCGGAGGCGGCCUUCUGGGCGGACGGAGGCGACACCAGCACCAGGACAAGAAGCAGUUCCAGAUGUUCAUCCCCAUGUACCUGGCGGCCACAACAUUUGGCUGGACGAUGGUGGCCGCCAAGGCGGUCGGGCUGCUUACCCUCAAGGCACUGAUCCUGUCCAAAAUCGCCUUCGUGGUGGCCGCCAUUGUCCUGAUCAAGAAGCUCAUGGACAACGCCAGCGAAAAGAUGAUGUACCAGUUUCCGGAGCAGACCCCCUACAUGAUGCCGUACGGCAUGGACUACCCGCUGCAUGGUGCUGAGAUGUCCCCUGAGAUGUACCCGGGCUCGCUGCAUCACCUGGCGAUGGCGGGUGGCGGCCAGCUGCCGGGUCAUCCAGGACAUCCGGGCCUGGAGAGCCUGAGCGCCGAGAGCCACCUGCACUCCGCCCAGGUGUCCGGCGACGGCAGCAACAACACGCAGGUGCUGGCCGCCCUGGGCGGACUCGGCGGCCUGGGACACAAGAUCAAACGUGAGGACUCCUGGAUGGCGAAGAGUAAGACCACUCCAGCCCGACGACCUCUGAUCUACAACUACGUGCAGCCCCACAUGCCGUACUACCGCUCCUGA